AUGGCCGAAACAAAACAAAUGUGUGUUUAUUUAUAAUUUCAUUAAUGAUUGUUAAUUAAGUUUUUCCUCUGUUAAGCAUAGUGACGAUUAGUGUCGUAAUCAAAAAUGUCUGAAAAUUGGGAGUUGGAAGGCGACUUAUGUCGUUGUUGUCACGCCGAAGGUGUUUUUAUUAAUAUGUCGAAACCGCGCGAACUAAAUGGGAUAAUGGAAAUCUAUUCGAACAUGUUAAAAGCCUGUUUUAAAGUAGUUAUAGAUUCCGUACCAGGCCCGUUACAUAAUGUGACAUAUAAAAUUUGUGAAUCAUGUGUCUUGCGACUCAGGGAUGCUUAUGACUUUAUGAAACAGGUGCAAAACUGUGAGAAUAAAUUUAAAGACUAUUACAACAGGAAUGCCAUUAAAGUUAAAGUAUCAAAAAGUGAUUCCGUCGUAUUUGUUAAAGAAGAUGAGCAAGAUUCUUUAUCAGACUCAAAUGAAGACUGUGUCGUGCCUAUCAAAGUGGAAGAGGAGGUGGAGGAGGAGUUUUUAAUAGAUUACAAGAAUUGUUCACUCGAUGAUGAGAACAUUCUGGAUUUGGAACAUGAAGAUUUAAUAAAACCAGUGACAAAACAGAAAGAGAAAAGGAAAGUAACAAAAAAGGUGAAUAAUGAUGACAAAGAAGUGAGCAAAUUGAUAAAUAAAUUGAAAAAGGUAAAUAAUAAAAAGGAAAUUAAGAAAGUACAAAAAGACAGCACUUUGGAUGAUAAAGAUGAUGAAAUAUUAUCGUUGAUAAACUUCACGUCCAUACGAGAUGAAAACGGUGUCAUCGUUCACAAUUGCAACGUCUGCAAGAAGAACUAUGCGACUAAAGGAGCGUUUACGAAACAUUACAGACAAAUACAUCUUAAAUUACGUAAGGAUCGUCGUUCUUGUCACUUGUGCGAUGAGAAAGUAUCUAAAUAUACGAAAGCUUUUCAUUUAGAAUCGAAACAUGGUAUAACUGCACCGACUUGUAAUGUUUGCGGGAAGAAAUUCGCAUUUCCUUAUGAAGUUAUAACCCACCAACGAUAUCAACAUAUGGGUGAAAAGAGAUUCCAAUGUGAAGAAUGUGGCAAAUGUUUUGGAUCCAAACUCUUAUUGAAAAAUCAUCUUGUCUCGCAUUCUACUACUAGAGAUUUUAUUUGCGACAUCUGUUUUAAAGCAUUUAAAACCGACAUAGCCCUACGUACCCAUAUUAAAAUACAUGAUCAAAAUAAACCUCAUAUUUGUAAUAUCUGUGAUAAGGCAUUUAAAACCGAAAUAGCCUUACGAUUGCAUAUUAGAAUACAUCUUAAUAUUAGGCCCCAUGUUUGUAAUAUCUGUAAUAAAGCUUACACUGAAAUGGGAAGUCUAAGAUGUCACAUACGGAGGAAACAUUCAGAUGGUGUGUAAAAAUUAAAAAAAUACGGAUAACGAAGUGAUUCUGUUCAUAUCUUGUAAGAAAAAGUUGUAUUUUGUGUA